GUCCAAACCCUGUCUGGAAAAAGUAGGAUUACAGGUCUUGCAAGGAAGAUUUACAAACAAGGGCCUGUGUUAGCCUAAAUGUUAAAUUACCUACCAGGAUAGGAUUCACUAAUUCGAUUAGGGUUUUUGUGUGGCCAAAUCUGUGUGUGUGUGUGUGUGUGUAUGUGUUUUAAAUGAUGAGUGGGUACCUGCUGGUCCUAUGUCUGGCUUUGCUGCAGCAGGGGGGAAAAGCCAGGGCAGAUCCCCCAGGCUGCAUUAACCCUGAGGCGGUGAGGGUGGCGGAAGAGGCACUGGAGCAGAUCAACCAGGACCGGACUAACGGAUACAUCCUGAGCCUUAACAGACUGUACGACCUCAACCAAACUCCUGAAAAGGAGAAAGGUGUGUCACUCUACAAACUGACCAUUGAUGUCAUGGAGACCAAAUGGCACAUCACCAGCAGGAAACCAUGGAAACAAUGUGAAGUCAGGGAUAUUGGAGAUGUCCCUGUGUAUGGAGAGUGUGAGCUAUCUGCCACCUUUGACGCUGAAGUCAAACUUCAAAGCUACUCCUGUGCAAUUCGUAAAGUUCCCCCCACUGCAGUGGUUAGUGUUUGUCCGGACUGUCCCACAGCGGACAACCUGAAUGAGCCCGUCGUCAAGGAGACAGCCAAUCUCUCUCUGCAGAGGUUCAAUGAAGAGAGUAGCCUGGCCAACUACUUUACACUGGAGAACAUUACAAGAGCUAGUUCACAGUGGGUUGUUGGUCCAGCCUAUUUUGUGGAGUUCACCAUUGUGGAGACGGUGUGUUCAAAGACAACAGAUGCCAGUGAAUUAGGUCACUGUCCACCGAUGGACUGUCAGUUUGCACAUAGAGGCUUCUGUUUGGGCUCACACUUGGACCAUGAGGAACAGUUUGAAUUCAGACUCUCUGGGGGAAAGAAGAACAGCUCAUUUAAGAACCGGAAGCCUGUCGACGUGACAUGUGAGAUCUACGAACCUCAGGCUGCAGUUGUGGCGGAGCAGGCCCAUGCAAAAUCUGACGGUGUGCACGGUGGGCAUCAGCACGACAACCAUACACACCUGCACCCCCACGAGCACAUGCAUUCAAUCACACCCAGCUCAGACGUCACUGUGUCCAGGCCCCGGGGCUCCCUUGGGACUGUCGUGGAUCAGCCUGCUCCUAUCAGAUCUGCCCCAGCAGCCAGCUCCUGCCCCGGCCCCCACAGACACAAUCUGGGCUUGGACAGACUCAAGCUCUGAUUGUCUGGAACCGGUUGAUCAUUGAUCAGUUGUAAUGGUACAUUUGCGCUACAUGUUGACAUGAUAGACAAUACAUUGUAAGAUGGAUGUAAAAUAUUGGAGGACAGUAAAUAAUCUGUGUAAAUAAUAAUAUUUGGUUGAUUGAUUCAUUUAUUUACAUAGCAAGGAAUCCAUUUAUCACAUAAUAUGGGAACUAUUUAGAAGAUUAUGUAAAUACAUUUGUUGUGGGGAUUUAAAAAAAUCUAACUUUUUACCUGUAAAAAACAGCUAAUUGGUUGUGUCACAAGGGGAAUUUCAAAAAUAUUUUCAAUGGAAAAAUGCCUAAAUAUUAACAAAGAAUGUGGCUGAAGUUGUAGCCCACAGCUUGCAACAUUAUAUGCCCUGUUUACAUCUCCCGUAGAAUUAUGGGUAAAGACAGUUCCAAAAUCUAAAGCUUGAUUAAAGUCCAACAUUAAAUAAAGAUCAAUAACAAUG